UUCGAACAUGACGGACGACAAAUCUCAGAAUUUCGAUCAAAGUCGUGGUGAUGACCACGACGCUCCAAGCUCUGGCCAGCCUCUCUCUAAUUCAUGGCGAGAUGAGCCUCUGACACCUGCCGAAACAUUAAAAGUUACGGAAAUUCUCCGAGCGUGCAGAAACAACGACAGACAACAACUAGUAGCACUUGCCACGGCCUCGGGCGGUCUCGUAGAGGACCAUGUUAGACGUAUCGCCUGUACUUCUUCUACCGAUGCCGAUCAUACAGACGAUUGGCAAGAGAUGCCUGUACACGGAGAUGAAGAACAGGUCAAGCUUGAUGUUCACCGCGCUUUCGUGUAUUAUCCAACUGAGAAGCAAAUCGAAGGCCGUAAACACGAACUCUCGGACCUCAUCACUGGCCUACUGCGUCGGCAUCCGUGUCUGCACUACUUCCAGGGCUUCCACGACAUUGCGCAAGUGCUUUUGCUUGUGUUAGGCGCUGACCAGGCUGCAUCUCUCCUGGCCCGCUUGUCUCUUCUGCGGAUCCGGGACUACAUGCUUCCUACUUUCUCGGCUAGUGAAUCACAUGUGCAGCUACUGCCGGCAAUAGUCUAUGCUACUGAUCCGAAACUUUGCCAGCAUCUGGCCAGAUUGCGGCCGUACUUUGCUAUUGCUGCAACUCUGACCCUCUACGCACACGACAUCGAAGAGUAUGGCGGCAUCUCUCGGCUGUUCGACUUCCUUCUGGCACAUGAAGCUGUGAUAUCGGUGUACAUGUAUGCAACGCCAAAACCGGGACAACUCUCCCGGAUGAUCACUCUUGCUGACCAGGAUCCAGNA